CUGGAAUCUUAUAAAAGGCUCUCUGGCUGGACAGGGCUCAGUCCAUUGCCCAACAGGUGGUCCAUUCCAGUUGGAGAACUGAGUAAGUCUUCCAGUGGAGCAGGGCCUGGUUCACCGUGACAAGCUGAGCUCUGCCAUGUCCUCCCAGCAGGGUGCGGUGCCCGCCAAAGGCUUUUCCAAGGGGUCCUCCCCGGGCACCACUCCGUGUCCUGCCCAGGCGACCUCCUCCUCGUCCUCCUGCUGCGGCUGCUGCGUCCCCUCGGGCUGCUGCGGCUCCACCUCCGCUGGCUGCUGCUUCCCGCGGCGGCGCCAUGGGGCUCGCAGGCGCGGCAGCUGCUGCUGCGGGGGCGACAGCCAAAGGUCGCAGCGCUCCGGCAACACGCAGAGGUCCGGCUGCUGCGGCGGCUGCUGAGGCGACCCCGCGCCUGCUGCUCUACUCCACGUGCCCCGUCUCCUAUUCCUGUGCUCUCACGCGAGCCUGGCCCUGGGUUUGCCCACCAGAAAGCCAGCUGCACUGGAUGCUUGGAAACCCACCCUAUUCUCAGCCCCACGAAGCUGGUUUUCUUCCCUGGGAACCUGAGAGCCAUUGGUGGAACACUGGGCGCUACUGUGUGCACACAAGAGGUGCUCAAUAAAUUCCUACUGAUUUGGUUGUCCUUUGAAGACAUCGCAAUAAAACUUCUACCUCUUAAGAGCA